UAAAAGGGCGGCCAUAUUUGAUAUUGUGUGCAGGGUUUGUGUUUAUUUCUUGUAACACCUAUGUUGGUUCAGCAGUCUUGCUGUGGAUGGUUCCUUUCAAAUUUUGAGGUAUAUGUUGGACAUGGCCAAAAGGGAGAAAGUAGUGCAGACAUAUGGAAGGCAUAGGAAUCGUGUCAUUACCACAAAUGAUCUAUGGAGCUCUGGAGAAGAACGAGGGAAAACUUUAUUCAGUAGUUCUGAGGACUCCUCUUUAUCAAUUACUGACAGAUCCAGGAAUGUAUCCUCAAGGUCAUUCAAUUCUUUCUCUAAAACAAGGUCAGUAGACAAACACAGUGCUAAUAAAGAAAACAGGAGCAGAAAGCCUAGGAGGGCAAAAGUUAAAGCUGUUGACAGGCUUUUUGCUCUCACAGACUCUGCAAACAGCUCCCAAAAUACAUCAAAUGUAGGCUGCAGGAAAGCUCUUAGAGAUCGAAAUGGAAUUUUUGACAUCAAAAGUGAUGAAAAGGUGAGCAAAAAGCCUCAAACAGAUAAAAGAAAACAACCCAGGAGGGCCAAAAGGACAGAAAACAAGAAAACCAAUGCAAAAGGCUCUUCCAAGGAACCAGCAGCAUCUAAUUUGAAAUCAGACACGAGUGACUUGAAAAUAGAAGCUUCUCAUUUUAAUUUCAGCCAGUUUGACAAUUACAGUUUGGUUUUAUCUGACUCUCCUCUAAAAGAAGGAGAAAAAAUAUCUGGUCGUGAUUCUUUAUUGAAAGAACUGAGUGGUAUAACAGUGCAGCAAACACCUGACAUUGUCACAAGGGGAAAGCCAGCAUUGAGAAGUGUCACCAGUGUUGAAACCAGCACACCAAAUAUAUACCAUAAGGCAAAGCGGACAGAUGCUGCUGGUAAAAUAAAACCUGAAGAGAUCUCAUUGAUAGAGCAUUUUGACUCGAAUCCCAACACCCCAUCCCAAGAGUCUAAGGAACAGGAAUAUGCAGAGAUAUCUGCAGGUGUCGAAAAACUUAGUCUUGGAGAUAGUUCGAAAAACAGCAAGGAUGUUCGCUCUGGCAACACUUACCAGGUUACAGACAGACAAGAGUUAACCUAUGCACUUAGAAAGUGCCAAGUAGUUUUAGACAGGUGUAAAAACCUUACACAGAAUGAUGAAUGUGAAGAUGCGAACUGUGAAAGCACAAAGGCCUGUGACACUGAUGGAAUUGGAUUGAAAAGCUGUGAAAUUAUGGUUCAGAAAAUAACAGACAGUUUUGUUACACGCAGACGGCGCCCUGCGUGCAAGAGUUCAAAUGGUAAACAUGCUAGCCUUGAUUCAAUUGUGGAGCUGUCUUUUGAUGCCUCUGCAGACUUAUUUGACACAGACACACCUAGUGAACACUCUGAUGCUGAGUUAGCAGAUCUUCCCAGUCCUAAAGGAUGCUACAUGUUACGGGGUCAAGGACCUGUGACGAGGAAUAGAAAUGUAUCCUGCGAUUCUGAAAUUAGUGCCAUUUCUGAAAUUGAAGAAGAGGAAGAGGUUGAAACAGAUGAGGAUGAGGAACUUGUUUCUGAAAAUGACGAUCAAGAGCAAGCUAGUGAUGUAGAACAGGGUGAAACUGAGGAGGAAGAAGAAGAUAGUAGUGAAGAAGAAGAUGAAGAUGAGUGCAAGGCUGAGGAAUCUGAAGGUAAUGAGGAAGAAGAGGAAGAUGCGGAGGAAGAGGAGGAUUCGGAAUCAAAAGCAGAGUCAGAUUUAGAAAAUCCUAACAACACCACUCUUUACAUGCUGAAUGACAGCCAGUACAAAACUCCCUCAGACAGUGGUUUGCUAGAGGCUGGAAUGGCCAGCAUGUCCUACCAUACUGCAGAAGGCAUGGCAGAGAUGUCUGUAGACAACAGUAAGACAGAUGCUCACUUGCUGUCUCUCAGUGGACACAUUAAUAGCCUGUGUCGAUCCUUUAAGGAAGUCCUUACUCCAUCCAAGUCAAAGAACAUUCCUCAGCUGACUCCGGAAGAGAAAGUUUUGCUCCAGUGUGAGCAAGACAAUGUGAUAUCAUUUAGUAAAUGUAUUCCAUCAAGUAUGAUGAACAAGUGUACGAAGAUUGGAGAGGGAGUUUAUGGAGAAGUUUUCAGAACUGUGGUUAAUAAGAAAUCUGUGGCAUUAAAGAUCAUUCCUAUUGAGGGUGAUUUCCCUGUGAAUGAUGAACCACAGAAGACCUAUGAAGAAAUUUUACCAGAAAUCAUGAUCUCAAGAGAGCUGAGUGCAAUGAAGGAUAGCCAAAAAAGUUGUACUGAAAACUAUGUGGAGGUUAGAAGGGUGUCCCUUGUGAAAGGCCAGUAUCCUGCUGCUCUGCUUAAACAAUGGGACAUCUAUGACAAAGCAAAACGCUCUGAGAAUGACAGGCCAGACAUAUUUGGCAAUAAUCAGUUAUUCAUUGUGUUUGAAUUUGCGGAUGGAGGCUGUGCACUAGAGGGUUUCAAGUUUGAGAGCAUCUUGGAAGCCAAGAGUGUCCUGCACCAGGUUGUGUGUGCCUUGGCUGUGGCAGAGGCUGAGCUGGAGUUUGAACACAGAGAUCUACACUGGGGGAAUGUGCUGGUGAAAAGGACUAACCAGGAGACUCUACAGUAUAAGCUGAAUGGUGAACUUUGUGAGAUCAAGGUCCAUGGUGUUACUGUCAGCAUCAUAGAUUUUACACUUUCCAGACUUAAGAAAGAUGGCUGCACCAUUUUCACAGACUUGUCUGUUGAUAAGACACUGUUUGAAGGGGAGGGAGAUUACCAGUUUGAGGUCUACAGGUUGAUGAAGCAGGAAAACCAAGACAAUUGGGAGCAGCACCACCCAUUCACCAAUGUCCUUUGGAUCAACUACUUGACUGAUAAACUAAUACAUGAAACUAGAUACCCUGGCAAUGAUUCUCAGCACAGGGCUUUGCUCAGAGACAUGAAGGCCUUUUACAAGGACAUUCUAACAUACAGGAGCGCUGUACACAUGCUGACAGAUUGCCAGUAUUUGAAGUGUUGAUAUAUGCAGAGGGCAGCACUUCAAAGAUUUUGCUUUCUCAAAAGAUGUUUAAUAAAACGUUGACAGCGGAAGAAGUAAUUAGGCUUAAUAAUGCAUUUUAUUCAUGAACAGUUCAUACCAAUGUUUUAUGAAAUGUUAUCAUAGAUAGAUCAAUGGUUAUCAUAUUUUUAUUUACGUUUAUUUAUUUAUUGACCUUGGAUGUUUUCAGCAAAAACUGAAAUAGAUUUAUUUGAAAUAAGCAUUUUAAUCUUAAAGAAAACUGAAUCAUUGUCAUGUUUAAAAUACUAGUGAAA